AACUCAAAUCCCACACCGGCGACGCAACACAAAUCCAAACCCAAACCCUAGCCCUCCCCUCCUCCCCGAUGGCCCGCACGAAGCAGACGGCGCGCAAGUCCACGGGCGGCAAGGCCCCGCGGAAGCAGCUGGCGACCAAGGCGGCGCGCAAGUCGGCCCCGGCCACCGGCGGGGUGAAGAAGCCCCACCGCUUCCGCCCCGGCACCGUCGCGCUCCGCGAGAUCCGCAAGUACCAGAAGAGCACGGAGCUGCUCAUCCGCAAGCUCCCCUUCCAGCGCCUCGUGCGCGAGAUCGCGCAGGACUUCAAGACCGACCUCAGGUUCCAGAGCUCCGCCGUCUCAGCGCUGCAGGAGGCCGCGGAGGCCUACCUCGUCGGCCUCUUCGAGGACACCAACCUCUGCGCCAUCCACGCCAAGCGCGUCACCAUCAUGCCCAAGGACAUCCAGCUCGCCCGCCGCAUCCGGGGAGAGAGGGCCUAGGCAUCCGAUGCUGAAGCUGUCGGUAGUAGCUGUUCGUGCCUGGUUGUAGGAAUGGGUUGUGUGCAUCUGUUUGUGGUGUUGAUAUGGUCUCAUCGGGGAUACUGUCCUAUGUACCAGGAUGCUGAAAUGAAAUGCAGUGCAGAAUUUAUCCUAAAA